AUGGUCACAGAUUUGACUAGACUUAUGUGCGAAGAUUUGGACAACGCGGUCAGAGUUUGCUUCUAUAUUCCAUCACAUCAUUAUCAUCAUACUCAACGUCGGCAUGAAGUCCAUAAACAGCAUCAUCAUGUCCGGCACGAUCGUGUUCCAAAUAAAUCCAUACCCACUUUUCUAAAUAAAGAAAUAAAGAAAAAAAUAAACCUUGCGUCACUCAUAUCCGAGCCCAUUUCAUCACGGACAUCUUCUUUGCCACAUCUGCUUCCUCCUACAGCUGUAUUGGCUCAGGAACCAUUUGCUAGGCCUUGCAUGCAUCCACGACUGGUCCGUGAACUUGAGCGCACCGGACAUGUACUCAUUCACGCUUGGCGAAAAACUUCUCCUGGUUUCACCAACGAAACUUUUGGAGGUACGUUUCGGACAAGCACCACCAAUAGUGUGGAAAACAAGGGGGAUUAUUUGUCCUUUCAAUUCGGUCAUGCCAAUACCGCCUCCUUGCCUCAUCGUCCUCCUAACUUAGCACAUGUUCAAGAUUCGCGUCGGCAACGAUGUAUGCUCCUCCAAAAUGACAAUGCUACAGUUACCUAA